AGAGAGAGUUGUUUAGGGGAGCUCGACUGAAACACUUCCCCAAAAAUACUGAUAAAAAAAAUCCCUUCGCAUCAGAAAAAAAAAAUCCAACUCUCUCUCUCUCUCUCUUCUCUUCUUGUUUCAUAUGCCAUGUGACCACCAGCUCAUCUCUCUCUCUAUCGAGUCUUUCUUCUUCUUCAUCUUCUUCUUACUCUCUCUGCUAUGCUGUGCUGUGCUCUGCUCUGCUAUAAGUACCUAUCCCAUCCCUUCAGUCUCGUCUUUUUUGACUCCCUGUCUCUCUUUUUCUCUCUCUGCUGGUAGGUUGUAAUGGCGGAGCUACUUCCCAGACCAGAAUGAAGAGAAGCCACCACCAACACGUAAAGGUUUUGUCACCUAUGGAAAGUUACAGAAGGAUUGGCACCACCAACCUCCUCCUCUUCCUCUGCUUCCUCCUCCUCCUCCCGGCCUCCGCCCGCGGCCUCCUUCGGGCGGAGGCCGCUCCCACCCGGAGGUUGUCCUCCGGAGGCGACGAUGCCCGCCGCCUCCUUGCCUUCAAGGCAGCCGUCUCCAACCCGAGGUCCCUCGUCCACUGGCUACCCAACGCCGACCCCUGCUCUUUCCCCGGCGUCACCUGCGCCGCCGACACCCGUCGCGUCUCGUCUUUGGAUCUGAGCGGGGGGCAGCUGGACGUCGAUCUCCGACACGUGGCUGCGUUGUUGAUGGGCAUGUCUGCGCUGGAGAGACUGCGUCUGGGCUACGCCAACGUGACCGGCAACCUAUCGGCGUUCGUCGGGCUGGCCUGCGGGAAGAGCCUCGUUGAGCUUGACCUCUCUGGAAACUUCAUCGACGGUGAACUCCCCUCUCUUUCCGGCCUUGGCUCUUGUUAUAGUCUUGCUCGCUUGAACUUCUCCGCGAACAAGCUCUCUUACUCGGCCGCCGCCGCCGGAAGCGGCGGAAGCUUGCCCCCCGCGCUCGCGAUGCUCGACCUGAGCUCGAACGGCAUCUCCGGUGAUGGUGCGCUGGAGUGGAUAGUCUCCUCCGGCGGCUGCAAGACACUCCAGGUGUUGAGUCUCCACGGAAACUCGGUCUCGGGUCUGAUUCCAGUGGCCGGAUGCACGAACCUCCAGGUGCUCGAUCUGUCGGUGAACAACUUCUCCGGCGGGAUGCCGGAUCUCGGAGCCUGCGCCUCCCUCCAGCACUUGGACCUCUCGGCUAACAAGCUGUCCGGCGAUAUCGGGGACGGCCUCAUCGGAUGUCGGCGGCUGACGUACCUCAACCUUUCGGGGAACGCCUUUUCCGGAGUAAUCCCUGCUGCCGGGUUCGGCGUUAACCUCCAGUCCCUUUCCCUUUCCGGCAACCGCCUGCAAGGUGAGCUGCCCUCCUCGCUCUUCUCCUCGUGUUCGUCUCUGCGCAAUCUCGAUCUCUCCAUGAACAAGUUCUCGGGAGAGGUCCCGCCGUCGCUUGCCCACUGCUCUGCUCUGGAGAUUCUCAACCUCACGGGCAACAGCUUCUCCGGUAACCUCCCUGUGGAAAGCCUAUCCCUCUUGAGCAACCUCAGGAAUAUCCUUUUUGGUUACAACAACUUCACCGGCGAGCUCGCGGCUGACCUCAUCGCCAACAUGUCGGCGCUAGAGAUCCUGGAUCUGAGUUCGAACAACAUCUCCGGCCCCAUUCCAGAGGGCAUCUGCCGGAACUCGGGGAACUCCCUCCGAGAGCUCUACCUCCAGGACAACCAGUUCCAUGGCUCUAUUCCGGCGACGUUGGGCAACUGCUCCGGGCUCGUUUCUCUGGACUUGAGCUUCAAUUACCUCAAGGGGACGAUCCCGCCGAGCCUCGGCGAGCUCAGGCGUCUUCGGGACUUGGUUAUGUGGCUGAACAUGCUCCAAGGGACCAUACCGGAGGAGCUCUCGAAGAUCAGCACGCUGGAGAACUUGGUACUCGACAACAACUGGCUCACCGGGAGCAUCCCCGCCGGCCUUGUCAACUGCACCAAUCUCAACUGGAUCUCGCUGUCGUCGAACCAGCUCUCCGGGGGGAUACCGCCGUGGAUCGGCCGGAUGUCGAAGCUCGCGAUCCUGCAGCUCAAGAACAACUCCUUCUCCGGCAUGAUCCCCCCAGAACUCGGCGACUGCAAGAGCCUCAUCUGGCUGGACCUCAACAGCAACAACCUGACGGGACCCAUACCAGGCGCUUUGGCCAAGCAGUCGGGCAGCAUUGCUGCAGGCCUCAUCUCCGACAAGCGCUACGUCUAUCUGAAGAACGACGGGAGCCCGACCUGCCGUGGCGCCGGAAGCCUCCUUGAGUUCAGCGGCAUCCGGCAAGAGAACCUCCAGAGGGUGCCCACCCGGCACGCCUGCAAUUUUACCAGAACUUACAUGGGCGACUUCCACUAUACUUUCAGCAAUAAUGGCAGCAUGAUCUUCCUGGACCUCUCCUACAAUUCACUUUCCGGCCCCAUCCCGCCUGAGUUCGGCAACAUGUUCUACAUCCUCGUGCUCAAUCUGGGCCACAAUUCGCUCACCGGGAAGAUCCCAGAUGAAUUGGGAAAGCUGACCUUCAUUGCCGAGCUCUUCCUCUCCCACAACCAGCUGGAGGGGCCGAUCCCACCCACCUUUUCCCACCUUGGCCUCCUCUCGUCCCUCGACGUCUCCAACAACAAUCUCAGCGGUCCCAUCCCCAACGGCGGUCAGCUCUUCUCCUUUCCGGCGUCCGUGUUCGAGAACAAUUCCGGCCUCUGCGGCCUACCGCUUCCUCCCUGCGGAGGCGACGACUCUGCCUCCUCUGAUUCAAGGGGGCGCGGGAAGUCCCACGGGAAGCAGGCAUCCCUGGCGGGUAGCGUGGCGAUGGCACUCCUCUUCUCCCUCUUCUGCUUCUUCGGCAUCAUCAUCGUCGUCGUCGAGAGCAAGAAGCGCCGGAAGAAGGAGGCUGCCGCGGCAGCCGCUGCCGGCUUCGCGGACAAUCAUUCUUCCGGGACUUACACGCGCACGACGGGCUGGAAGUUCACGGCGACGACACGCGAGGCGCUGAGCAUCAACCUCUCCACCUUUGAUAAGCCGCUGCGGAAGCUCACGUUCGCGGACUUGCUGGAGGCCACCAACAACUUCCACCACGACAGCCUGAUCGGCUCCGGCGGGUUCGGCGACGUCUACAAGGCGCAGCUCAAGGAUGGCAGCGUCGUCGCCAUCAAGAAGCUCAUCCACGUGAGCGGCCAGGGCGACCGCGAGUUCACGGCAGAGAUGGAGACGAUCGGGAAGAUCAAGCACCGGAAUCUGGUUCCCCUGCUCGGCUACUGCAAGGUCGGAGAGGAGAGACUCCUUGUGUACGAGUACAUGAAGUACGGCAGCCUCGACGACGUCCUUCACGACCAGAAGAAGGGCGGCGUCAACCUCGACUGGCCGGCGAGGAGGAAGAUCGCCGUCGGGGCGGCGAGGGGCCUCGCUUUCCUCCACCACAGCUGCAUACCCCACAUAAUUCACAGGGACAUGAAGUCCAGCAACGUGCUGCUGGACGAGAACCUGGAGGCACGGGUGUCGGACUUCGGGAUGGCGAGGCUCAUGAGCGCGAUGGACACGCACCUGAGCGUCAGCACUCUGGCCGGCACGCCGGGGUACGUUCCGCCGGAGUACUACCAGAGCUUCCGGUGCAGCACCAAGGGCGACGUCUACAGCUUCGGGGUGGUCCUGCUGGAGCUUCUCACGGGCCGGCAGCCGACGGACUCGUCCGACUUCGGCGACAACAACCUUGUGGGGUGGGUGAAGCAGCACGCCAAGCUCAAGAUCAGCGACGUGUUCGACCCGGCGCUGAAGACGAAGGACCAGCCGGGGCUGGAGAUGGAGCUACUGCAGCACCUGAGAAUUGCCUGCCAGUGCCUCGAUGACCGGCCGUGGAGGCGACCCACGAUGCUGCAGGUCAUGGCCAUGUUCAAGGAGCUUCACGUUGGUGGCGGCAAUGGGGGCCGCGGCAGCACCGAGCUGGACGGAAGCUUCUGCUCCGUGGACACUAGCAUCAAGGAGGCGCCGGAAAACAAGUAGCAGCAACGGUAGCAAUCGAUCGGUCAGAUGGUAGCUAAGGUAGGGAGAUCAGGAGGACCAAAAACUAGCAGGAAAAGGAAAAAUCUGCCCUCUUUUUUUUUUUUUUUCGAAUUUCCAGAUGCCUUCUCCUUGAGUUGUUUCAGCAAACGGAAGAAGGUCAAAUUUUUACUGCGGAGGAAAAGCAAAGCGAAAAUGUUCAUUCAGAUUUUUUCACCUUUUUUUUUUUUUUUUACAUUUCAUUUUCCAUCUUGUUAGUGUUAUCCAUGUAUAUGUACCCUCUACAUCUUUGUUUUAUACAUAAAUUGGUUGUAUA